GCCACUGCUGGCUGAGAUAACGGAAGGGACACUAGGUGUCAACAGCUUAUCUUUCUUCUGAAAUCUUUUUUUUAACUUAUCUGGCGAAUUGGAUAAUCAGUAAUACUGGAGGUGACCGUCGCCGAACCGUUAGUGUACCGUGUAGAUAGUAGAGCUGUGCUCGUGACCUUCGAGAGAGACAUGGAGCUGGAACAUUUUGACGAUCGGGACAAAGCCCAACGGCAUGCCCGCGGCAGCGGAAGGAUGAAUGGGGUACUGAGUCCAACACACAGCGCUCACUGCAGCCUUUUCCGGACCCGUACCUUGAAGACCCUUACUUCGGAGAAGAAGGCUAAAAAAGUCCGUUUCUACCGCAACGGAGACCGGUAUUUCAACGGGAUAGUCUAUGCCAUCUCCACAGACAGGUUCCGGUCUUUUGACGCGCUGUUGGCUGACCUCACCCGCUCCCUGUCGGACAAUGUGAACCUACCCCAAGGCGUGCGGAUCAUUUAUUCAAUUGACGGCUCCAAAAAGAUCACCACUAUCGACCAGCUGGUGGAAGGUGAGAGCUAUGUAUGCGGCUGCAUCGAGGUUUACAAAAAACUGGACUACACCAAGAACGUCAACCCCAACUGGUCGGUCAACGUCAAGGCCUCGGCCGCGGCCGCCCGUGGGCCCCUCUCCCUGGGCAGCGCCAAAGCCGGGCCCCCCGAGAACCGCGAGAACAAGGACUUCAUCCGGCCCAAGCUGGUGACGGUGGUGCGUAGCGGCGUGAAGCCCCGCAAGGCCGUUCGAAUCCUGCUCAACAAGAAGACGGCCCACUCCUACGAACAGGUCCUCACCGACAUCACGGACGCCAUCAAGCUGGACUCUGGGGUGGUCAAGAAGAUCUACACGAUGGAGGGGAAACUAACGGGAAGCAGUGACGACCAGGAGGUUCUGUUUGACCAGAUUCUGAUGGGACAGCUGGAGUUCCCCCUCCCGUACUGGGACAACGUCUCAGAGACAGCCAAGGACUUGAUCCGGUCCAUGCUGGAGGUGGAGGUAGACCAGAGAUACACUUCCCUGCAGGUGCUGGAACACCCCUGGGUCAAUGAUGAUGGUCUGUCGGAGAAUGACCACCAGCUCUCGGUAGCGGGGAAGAUCAAGAAGCACUUUAACACCGGCCCCAAGACCAGCGACACAGACGCCGGGGUGUCAGUCAUCUCGACCACCGCUCUUGAUAAGGAGGGGCAGGUUCUCAGACGAGGACGCCACCAGGAUGUGAGGUCGCAGCAGUUGCCGAUGACGACGACGACGACGACCAAGAUGGAACCACCCAGUUGCCUCCCUGGCCUGCUCUUGGCCCCCUCCUGUCGAAGCCCUCCCCCAGGGCCCGGCGCCGACCCCUCCCCCAGCCCCAGCUCUGACCACUCCCCCAGCCCCAGCCUCCCCUCGGACUCGGAUGACGUCUCCCUCAGCUCAGCCAGCACUGUCCGCACUCCCACCUCUCCCUUCUAGAACAGGGGGAGGAGGGAGAGGAGGAGGAGAGAAAGAGGGAG